GUCUUCCGAGUUCCUACCCUCGUCGUUUUCCAAAACGCGCGAUCAAAUAAUCCCUAUUUAUUUAUAUUUAUUUCGAACCCCAAUUUCGGGGUCGCAUGGGAGGUUGCUUCUGCCGUUUCUCCUUAUCAUCGCGCGUCGAUCGCCCCCCCUCCAACGGCUACUUCCCCUUCUCGAAUCCCCCGCCACAUCCUCCUCCUCCUCCUCCUGCUCCGGCCACCGCCUCCGCCGCGCAUCCACCGAGCGCCACCACGGGCGGAGGCGGCGGCAGGGCUCCGGCGGCGAUGGCGACGCUGCCGUACGCCGGCGCUGACGCGACCCUCCGCGCCCUCGCCGGUCAAGCCGAGGGUUUCGGCCGCAACGCCAUCGGCGGGCUCCACGGAGCCGUGUAUCACGUCACGAGCCUCGCCGAUGAUGGAUGUGGCUCACUUCGCGAGGGAUGCCGGAAAAAGGAACCGCUUUGGAUUGUCUUUGAAGUCUCGGGAACCAUUAAUCUUUCAUCAUACUUGAGGGUUUCAUCCUAUAAGACAAUAGAUGGUCGAGGACAGAGGAUUAAAUUGACGGGGAAAGGUUUACAGUUGAAAGAGUGUGAACAUGUGAUUGUGUGCAACCUUGAGUUUGAAGGUGGCAGAGGGCAUGAUGUUGAUGGUAUUCAAAUAAAGCCCAAAUCUAGGCAUAUAUGGAUAGACCGCUGCAGCUUGCGUGAUUUUGAUGAUGGACUUAUUGAUAUCACCCGGGAAAGCACCGACAUUACAGUCUCAAGGUGCCAUUUUUCAAUGCACGACAAAACAAUGCUUAUUGGUGCUGAUAGUAGCCACAUUGGUGAUAGAUGUAUUCGAGUGACAAUCCAUCACUGUUUCUUUGAUGGAACAAGACAACGCCAUCCUCGCCUUCGGUUUGGCAAAGUUCACCUUUACAAUAAUUACACGAGAAAUUGGGGCAUAUAUGCUGUUUGUGCAAGUGUGGAGGCACAGAUUCUUUCUCAAUGUAAUAUAUACGAAGCUGGACAGAAAAAGGCAGUUUUCAAGUACAUGCCAGAGAAGGCAGCUGAUCGAGAAGAGGUGUCAGCUGGUUGGAUAAGGUCAGAAGGUGACUUGUUCCUCAACGGUGCCCAACCUUGUUUAGUGGAUGGUCCCGGUGUGGAUAGCGUAUUCAGCGCCGCAGAAUACUACCAGAAAUGGACCAUGGAAUCCGCAUCGCCAGCUCUGGGAGAGAUUAUUCAGCUGUGUGCCGGGCGGCAACACAUACCAAGGCCCCCAGAUUGCUAAUAUUGUAGAAGGUAAUUAUACCGGAGUAUGUUAGUCGUAUAACAUACACGUCUCGAUUCGUCGUUGUAGAUUUGCGCACUUGUGCCGUGCUUUUUGAUUGUACUAGAACUUGGAUAGAAACCUGGAUGUCUCAGCUAUCUGCUUUGGUACAAACUCUGUAUUGAGCUUAGUUUUGCUUUCGAAAUUUGUUUCGGAAUUCUCUGCUUGGAACUUGAUGCGAGUCCUAUGUGUUGCUGUAAUAUUUCUCAAUCGCACACUUUCAGGAACAAUGAAGGAUGUUCUUCUUAUA